AGUACACCACACCAUUUCUUAGAUUUUGCAGGAAAAAAAAAUGAAAAUAAAUGCAUGAUGCUCCACUCUAACCUAUCCCUUUACAAGACUGUGGAGUCCACAUCAAUGUUUAACUGUAAAAGCUUACAGUUAAACCCUCAACAAACAAACAUGGUAACACCCAGCAACGGCAACCGAGGAAACUUAAAUCAACAAGCAACCAAGAAAUAAGAAAAGAAGAACCCGUUUCUUUGCUCAGCUCAUGAUUCUUAUCCAACAUUCAAAACUAGCUCAUGGGUUGCUGUGAAUCAUCCUUGUUUGAAAGGACUCACUCACAAAGAGAUCAUCAAGAUACUCACCUGCCACCCCACCAUGAACCACCUUCUUCAUCUUCUUCUCUUCCUGACCCAGCAACAAAUGGGGCUUCAAAUUUCAUUGAAUUCUCCUUCUUGGACCUCAAGGCCGCCACCAACAACUUCAGCUCUAAUAAUAUAGUCUCUGAGAACGGUGAAAAGGCUCCGAAUAUUGUGUACAAAGGUCGCCUCAACAACCGCCAGUGGAUUGCUGUUAAGAAGUUUACUAAGACCGCUUGGCCUGACCCUCAACAGUUUGUGGAGGAGGCAAGGGGUGUGGGAAAGUUGAGGCACAAGAGGCUGGCGAAUUUGAUAGGGUACUGUUGUGAAGGCGAUGAGCGGUUGCUUGUUGCUGAGUUCAUGCCCAAUGAUACUCUUGCUAAGCAUUUGUUUCACUGGGAAAAUCAAACCAUUGAGUGGGCAAUGCGUCUAAGAGUAGCAUUAUAUAUUGCUGAGGCCUUAGACUAUUGUAACAUAGAGGGCCUUCCGUCAUAUCAUGAUUUAAAUGCUUAUCGGGUUCUCUUUGAUGAGAAUGAUGAUCCAUGUCUUUCCUGUUUUGGCUUGAUGAAGAAUAGGAAUGGAAGGGUCACCCCUGAGAGUGUUAUUUACAGCUUUGGCACUGUCCUGAUGAAUUUGUUAAGCGGAAAGCAUAUCCCUCCUAGUCAUGCUCUAGACAUGAUAAGGGGAAAAAACAUCAUUCUAUUAAUGGAUUCACAUUUAGAGGGAAAGUUUUCUAUGGAAGAAGCAACAGUGGUGGUUGACCUUGCCUCCCAAUGUUUGCAAUAUGAACCGAGGGAGCGACCUAGUACAAAGGAUCUUUGUGCUACUCUUUCUCCACUGCAAACAAAACCUGAUGUUCCAUCCUCUGUCAUGCUUCCAAGUGCAAAGCAUGAAGAAGCUCAACCGACUCCGCAACGCCCUCUUUCACCAAUGGGCGAGGCUUGUUCACGGAUGGACCUCACUGCAAUUCAUCAGAUCUUGGUUAUGAUUCACUAUAGAGAUGAUGAAGGAACAAAUGAGUUAUCUUUCCAAGAGUGGACGCAACAAAUGAGAGAUACGCUAGAGGCUAGGAAGCAUGGGGACCAUGCAUUCCGUGACAAAGAUUUUAAAACUGCCAUUGACUUUUACUCUCAGUUUAUAAAUGUAGGAACCAUGGUCUCCCCAACUGUUUAUGCACGGCGUAGUCUGUGCUAUCUCUUUUCUGAUCAACCAGAUGCUUCCCUUUUAGAUGCAAUGCAAGCACAGUGUGUUUAUCCAGAUUGGCCAACAGCCUUCUACAUGCAGUCAGUUGCACUUGCCAAAUUGAACAUGCACACGGAUGCCACUGAUAUGUUGAAUGAAGGAGCUGCAUUAGAGGAAAAGAAACAACGAGGAAAGGCACCAUAAGAAUGGUAACCGUAAUAAGUCAAUAAACCAUUAUCCACAAUGUUGAGGCUACCCCAAGUUUCUAUAAAAUCUGAGCUAGAAACUAUAACUAUCUUCUUAACUAAAAGUGACAUGUAGAGACACUUGUAGUGCAUGUGACAUUUUCCUCCUGGAUGAUUUUUAUAGGGUUUUAGAUGUGCAUAUAAAAUACAUUAAGUUGAAAGCAACAAAUAAUCAAAGAUCAAUUGGUUAUUAGUUGAUGGCUUGCAGGCUUUUAGAUGUGCAUAUCCUUGCUGUUGAUGGAUCAAAAUAAUCUAAAGAUCAAUUGAUCUAGUUUGUGGGAGUAUGUUGCCAAACUGUUCUUCUAGUUCUUUAUGCAUUUGUAUUUGUCUAGCUUUUGUGGGUAUUUCUUUUUCAUCCAAAUCUUUUUCAUAAGGCAAAUUGACUAUAUGUUUUUUCCUUUCCCAAAACGCAUUAGGUAGGUCCGAGCAGAUUUAAGUUUCAAUUGUUUUUUAUAUUUGAUUUAUCUUUGAGCGGAUAUUAUUCU